ACCGCGACCUCUACCUCACAGAAAUAAUUGCCUCCCUUCAUUGGCCUCAUCUCUCCCUCCCUCCUUGACCCAUCUGCGACUUCCCCUGCAUUAAGGAUGACCUCUUCUCUCUAGGUCUUACAACCCUAGACGUGGAAUCAGGAUCAGUGUGCACGGGGAACCAGCAACGGCAGCACGUACGUGGAACCGGCACCGACGAAUUGCACGGGGCAGCAGACAAUCGUCGCCUCCUUGACUCCAUCCGCGACCUUCCUCCAUCCGUGGUGCCAGCAAACUGCACGAGAAGACCUAGGUCAGGUGUCCUUUACUUUCUUUGAUACUGCUUUCUUUAACCACUUAUUACUUGUUCUAUGUUUGAUAAUAAAUUUUAGGCACAGAUGUAAGUCACUACUAGUUGCCCAUGUUUACUAGUUAGUUGUUCAUGUUCACUAGUAGGUAGCCAAAAGUACUCAAUUAAGUUAUGCUUGUUAAUUUUACCUAGGUGACUCGGUGCUAGCCACACUAUUACAAGAUGCCUCCUAGUCGUUUGCAGGUUGGAACAAAAACAACAGAAGGACAUAACCAAGCAGGAAACACAUUACAUCCAUAUGAAGUGCAGCGCCUUAGACAAGUUAUGAGAAACAAUGCAAGGCUGCAACAACUGGGAAUUCCUGGUUUAUGCGACACACUGCCAAAGGCAUAUUCCUUUCAUCACAACAAAAAUAAGCCAAAUUUUACAAAUAAUGAAGAUUCAGAAUCUGAUUAUAAUCCUUCAUCAAAUGACACUGGUGAAGAAGAUUUACUUGAUGAUGACAAUGUUCAGGGCUCGAAGGAUUAUAAUAUGAGGACUACAAACAUGUCUAAUGGUGUAAUCAAGCUACGCACUAAAAGACUUCUUGCAGAGAAAGAAUCUAUUAGAAUUACAAGGUCAAAAAAAACUGCUGCCCAGCCUAAUGGUACUGAAGUGUUUGACAACAACGAUGGCCAUACCCAGGCUACAGUUCAAGCUAGUGACCCUGCUCUAUUUGACGAGUACACCCACAUGGCUAAUGGAGGUCAUUCCAUUGCUCGCCCUGAUGGGCACAACCUGAUGGGAAACAAAGAUAAUGUAAACAUCCAAGUUGAUGACAACAUGACCAGUGGAGGUGAAGCUAGCAUCGAGCCUAGUGUACAUGUACAACUAGGUGAAAAUGAUCGAUGGGAAAGGGGAGUUAAUAUGGGACAUGGUCUCCAUAGGAUGAACCGAGCUAUGCGUGGAAAACUGCCGGUUGUUAUUCCUGAAGGGAGGAUAAGGCCCGUGGCACCUCUUGUUGCUGCAAAGUUUUCAACUGAAUGCAAUAUUGCAGUUAGGAACCAUGUGCCAGUGUACAAGCAUUGGAAGGAUUACAAGAACCAUAAUGGCAUGUUUAACCUAUUUACAGAUAAACUUAGUGCAAAGUUUGAUAUCAACACAAAUGAUGCACCAGUCCAAAAGGCUUGUUCCCAAAUGAUGAAAAAUGCUAUAAGGCAACAACGGUACAGACUAAAGAAAAAAUUCUUUGAUCCUUUUCCACUACAUUUGGUGACAAAAACAUCACCAAUCAGAUCGAUGAGUAAUGAAGAGUGGAAUGAUCUUGUGGAAUAUUGGAAGAGCCCAAAAAGGAUGGAGACAUCACAAAAGAACAAAGAUAACCGAUCCAAAGUUAAAUUUCAUCAAACAACGGGAUCUCGUAGCUAUAUGGUUCAUGUAGAAAAUUUGGGAGAUAAAAACAUUGGUCAAGAGCCCGAUGCAUUAGAUUUGUUCAAGGAGUGUCAUUACAGCAGGAAAAAGAAAUGUUACACAUCUACCGUGCAACAAGCUAUAACUCAAAUGGAUAACAAGCGGUCUGCAACUACAGAAGGUGAAAAAUCAAUGUCUGCAACUGAAGUUGUUGCUAAUGUGCUUGCUGAAAAUACAAAGAAGAAUUUGUUCCUUCAAAAUGUGGGGAUACAAAAUGUUGGUCCUAGGUCUAGUCUGAGAAAUAUUGAAGCACAGUUGGAAGUGGAGAAGAGGGCAAACAGUGACCUUAAAUCUAUUGUUGAUGCUCAACAUGAACAAUUGGAUGCAUUGUUAAAGCAAAUGCAAGAAACUGAAGAAAAUAGGAUCAGGGAGCAAGAGGAAGUGAAGAAGAAGCAAGCUGAGAUGGAAACAAAGAUGCAACUUGUGUUGAGUCAGAUUCAUUCAAGAUUGAGAUAGUAUUUAUGUCAUGUUGACAACUUUUUUUGUUGUUGCAACAACUUUCUUUCUUUUUUAUGGAACCAACUAUAAUGUUUUGGAUAUGAUGUGGUGUUCUGGUUGGAUAGUCUUUAUUGUUUGGGAUUGUCCAUGUGAAGUUCUAGUUGGAUAUUUGAAUUUAAAUAUUGAUAUUUUGUCAUUAUAAUUGUUAUGUUA